AUGCGUCAUUGUGGCCGUGGCCCCUCCCCACCUCCCACCUCCUCCGAAGCCACCCCGGCCCUACAACCUUCUUCUCAUGGCCUUCGCUCUCGACCACCGUCCUCCAUGCCGAGUUUAGGAGGCCUCUUAAAGAAGCGGCGUACGAAGGAUUCACAAACCCUCUCGUCGGAGCUGCCCGCAUCCGAAAACCACCCCACCCCCGACACCCACGACACUUCAGGCGCCUCCAUGCAACCCGCCGUCUCCUCGCCAGCAUCUCCGCAGCAACAGGCCCAGUCCAACAAUGCCGCCAGCAUCAAUAACCUCAUAAAUGCCCCGGCCAAUGCUCCGCAGAAUGCUUCCCAGACCUCUUCCGCACAGAAUGCCUCCCAUGGCCACCAUGGCCAGCAUGCCCAACCCCAGCAGCAACAACAACAGCCGCAGAAGGAGCGUACCACCAAGGGCAAGUAUUCGCAGGAAGACUUCCUCCUUCAACGUACCCUCGGCACCGGGAGCUUCGGUCGUGUCCACCUGGUCCAAUCGAAGCACAAUCAUCGAUUUUACGCCAUGAAGGUCCUGAAGAAAGCCCAGGUGGUCAAAAUGAAGCAGAUCGAGCACACCAAUGACGAACGUCGCAUGCUCAAUCGCGUCCGCCAUCCUUUCUUGGUGACCUUAUGGGGCACCUGGCAGGACUCUCGAAAUCUGUAUAUGGUGAUGGACUUUGUUGAGGGCGGCGAGCUCUUCAGUCUCCUCCGCAAGUCUCAGGUAAGUUUGACAAUGGCCAGGGCCAUCCCUCCUCUCCCCGCUUCUCGUCUCUUUCUCGGUUACCCAUCCGCCGUCCCCCCCGUGUCCCAUUUCCAACCCGGUACCCGCUAUGCUCGUCUGCUCGUACACAUCACAGUCACUGAUUCGAGUGUCUUCCUUUUACGUUCACAGCGUUUUCCCAACCCGGUCGCCAAGUUUUAUGCCGCCGAGGUUACCUUGGCCCUGGAGUAUCUCCACCAGCAUCAAAUCAUCUAUCGGGAUUUGAAGCCCGAGAACCUGCUUCUGGAUCGCCAUGGUCAUCUCAAGAUUACCGAUUUCGGGUUCGCCAAGGAAGUCCCCGAUAUCACCUGGACCCUAUGUGGGACCCCAGAUUAUCUCGCCCCUGAGGUUGUCUCCUCGAAGGGGUACAACAAAUCCGUUGAUUGGUGGUCAUUGGGCAUCCUGAUCUUCGAGAUGCUGUGCGGAUUCACGCCCUUCUGGGACAGUGGAUCGCCCGUCAAAAUCUAUGAGAAUAUCUUACGGGGCAAGGUCAAGUACCCGCCCUACCUGCAUGAUGACGCCGUCGACCUUUUGUCGCAGUUGAUCACUGCCGAUCUCACCAAGCGUCUGGGUAACUUGCACGGUGGCCCUGAAGAUGUGAAGAACCACGCCUGGUUCGCUGAGGUGACCUGGGACCGACUUGCGCGUAAGGACAUUGACGCGCCCUACAUUCCGCCCAUUCGUGGUGGUCAAGGUGAUGCAAGCCAAUACGACAAAUAUCCGGAAGAGACAGAGCAUUAUGGCAUGGAGGGUGAAGAUGCAUACGGCCAUCUUUUCCCCGAUUUCUGA